AUUGAAGAAGAACUGGGGCAAUAGAAUGCGCAUCUGCUUUCUUAGAGAUAUCGUCACAUCUAACAGUUUCGUCCAUAACAAGACCCAAAAGCUGUUCAAAAAUCAAAAGUGGUGUAGAUGUUUUCGAAUGAGAAUUCUUUAUUCACGCUUUCCCUGGAAAAAUAGCGAGUACUAUUCCACAUAUGACCCAGUUUGGCUGAUCGGUUCUGUGGGACCUUUCAAAGAACAUUCAAAAAGAGAUAGGAAAGUUCAUAUUUCAAGGAGGUCAUUUUGUAAUAUUUUAUGGAGUAGUAUUCUAUUUUACAGCUUUUCCAAUCGUCUGGUUGGUGCUUCUGAGUCUCAAGUCUAUGAUUACGAUAGCAAAAGUAGUCUUGGACCGCCACAAUGGGGAUCUUUGGAAGAAUCCUAUUAUCUUUGUUCAGAGGGAAAACUUCAAAGUCCAAUCGUGCUAACUAAAUCAAGUUCUACUGUAGAAAAUGUUUCAGAGUCACCCUAUCGCUUGCUUUCAAGGCGCGCCAAAUUCUUUGCUCGUCAAGAACCCAGUUUACGAAAUAUAAUUGUUAUUGAACAAAGCUUUCCACCUCCUUCUAUGGUUGGUGAUGUGCCAUUGAUGGACCAAAGUGGUAUUCCUGCACCAGCAGCAACUAUAGAAGAUACAAUUUCUAAAGAUACUUAUACUUUUGAUCAUAUUGUAUUUCAUAUUCCUUCUUCAGAACAUGCUUUGGAAGGAAUUCGAACGGAUGCCGAGAUGAAUAUCGUCUUUCGCAAGUCUUCACGUGACCAUUCAGAUUAUAUUUAUUUAUCAGCUCUUCUUCGAAUUGGCAACUUGAAUCCUUCAUUCAACCCGAUUAUUCAGUUAUAUAGCUCGUUUUCAAAUGACGAUUCUUCAAAGAAGCCCAAGGUUGACUUUGAUCUCGGUGAUAUCAUUCCUCCUCUUUCGAGUUCGAGUUAUUUUUCUUAUCAAGGUAUUUCAUCUGUUUUUUUUGAGUCUUCAUUCCUUGGACACAUUAGUAUAGGCUCACUUUCGUUUCCUCCUUGUUCAGAAAACGUGCAUUGGUUGGUAUUUGCAGAGUUACUUACCAUCGGACAGGAACAAUGGAAUAUGAUUCGUUGUUGUCAAGAAAUGGAUAAUGUUCGACCUUUACAGGCAUCCAACGAUAGAAAUGUUGUUUUAUAUUCCUAUUCAUCGGAAAAUAUUAUACAAUCCAAUCAAGCAACUUCAUGAACAGCUAUCCUAACCUUUAUUUCUAUGCAUUUCGAGUUGUAUUGGAAUAAAAUGACUUAUAUGGGG